AUGAUUUUACGAGGCUACUAUUUAAAUAGUGUGUUAUAUGCACAGUACGAUUUUAGGUUGUAUCGGCUUGUUUUUGAGCAUAACUAUACGAAAUCAAAUUGUUUCAAAGAUGAGAUCGAAGCCAGAAGAACGAACGACAAUGGAAAAUUUUCAAUUCUUUAUGACCUUGACAACCCCAAAUAUGUUAUGAAAGACGGAUUCCGACAUUUUAUUAUUGAUUAUCCAUCACUUAAUCUUCUAAAUACAUGGAAACAGAAGAAAUCUCCACUUCAAGAUAUUGAAAAGAAAGAUGUUUUUACAGCUACAGGAUUUGAAGCUGGUAUUACAGAAGCACCUUCAAAAGAAUGGGGUGGUCUUGUUAAAACUGCUUCAAAUCCUGAUACAUUUCUUGAUGGUUUAAAUCGUUGGUUCUAUAGUGUAGGGAUGUAUUGUAAUGCUUUAGAUUGGUUCAAAAAUAAAGGUCUUCCAGCAUAUUAUGAUACAUCUGAACAUACUACAGAUAAAAUGAGACUUUGGUGUGCAAUUAAAGACUAUUCAAUCGGGGAAAGAUAUUCAUGUGUGCAUCGUUUAUAUUAUUCGAUGCUAUUUAUAGCAGCAAUAAAUAUAGUGAUAACUGUGACUGAGUAA